AUGUUCUCAAGAUUUUUGGCCACUAAGAGUCCGCUCCUACGUCCUGCUUUCAGAUCACAUCUAAGUUUCCAAAGAUUCAUAUCACAAGAGACAAAGAAAGCUAUUGAAGAUGCUAUUGAAUCAGCACCGGUGGUUUUAUUCAUGAAGGGCACUCCAGAAUUCCCACAAUGUGGAUUCUCUAGAGCUACAAUCAAUAUGUUAGGUCAACAAGGUGUCGAUCCAGUGAAGUUUGCUGCUUACAAUGUACUUGAAGACCCUGAGUUACGUGAAGGUAUCAAGGAAAUCUCCGAAUGGCCAACCAUCCCACAACUAUACGUUAACAAGGAAUUUGUCGGUGGAUGUGACAUUGUGAUGAACAUGGCUCAAACGGGUGAAUUAGCUAAACUGUUGGAAGAGUCCGAUGCUUUGGUCCCAGAAGAAGAAGAUUAA